UUCCUCUGAACUCCAAUCGUUAACAACACUAGCGAUCUCUGCUGCAUGACUCACACAAAAUCACUUCCGAUAGAAACGCCUCAUAAUUCUAUUUGCCACCUCACCAUCAUUAACACAACGCCACAUAAGUUUUUUUUACCCACAUCACCAUUUUCACAAAACUAAAGACUUUACAUGCGAGUGUCACCACCACAACAACAGAAACCUCAUCGAUCAGCAUGUCAUCGCCGAAGGCAAAUUCAAGGGAAAAAGAUUUACAGAUUGUGGUCCGAUCACCGCCGUUCACUCUUCCCGACGGUUGGUUGGUUGAACGACACCGCCGCAUUAGCCCUAACCCCGGCCAUGCUGAAAGGGUUGAUAAGUAUUACAUAGAACCAAACACAAGGCAGAAGUUCCGUUCUUUGGUAUCUGUUCAGAGAUAUCUAAAUGAAGAACCAAAAGAUUAUCUUCCUGCUGAGAGAAUGAUAUCACGAAACAAAAACACUACACGCAACAAGUCUAGGCGCAAACAAAAGUUUCCGAGAGAUUUCGAGGGAGGAGAUUUAACCGUGAGAGAUUUCAAGGGAGCACGUUUAGCCGGAGAAAAUGCAUGUAGACCUACACCCAAGAUAAUUUUCAAAUGCUCUGGAAAGCGAAGUGCUCCUACGACUCAAACACCUAUUCAAUCAGUUUCCGAAGAAACUCAUUCUCGGAAGAAAGCCAAAUUGGGGAAAGACGGAAGAGGUUCAAUCCAUAACUCAACAAGACCACCAACAAAAGUAAGAUGGGUUUUGUCUGGUCCAAGUGGCUUCUGGAAUCCUUUCCUAGAUGACUCUAUGGUACCAGCAUCUGAAAAGGCGAAAUGGUCCAAAGCAUUUUCAAUAUCGAUCAAUGAAGGAGUUACUAAUUGACACUAGAUUUAACAGUUGAGAAUUCAUAAUGGAGACGGCUUGACAUGUUGGCGACUAUGUGCUGUUACGAUGUAGUUUAGAUUGUAGCAUAUAUGCAGAGAUCGUUCUAGUUAACUGGUUACAGUAAUGUAUUUUGUGUCACAAUGGUUCUAGGAAUAAUAUUUCAUUUUUGAUAGGAAAACUGGUGAUGGAUUGAAGUUCCAACAUCAUCGAUAAACCACCGUGCCUCGAUUAGCUCCGUUUUUGUACAGGGAAAUAAAAACUAGUUUUCUCCCCUUUUAAUUUAAUAUAGCUUUAGCUUAUAAACAAA